AUGGUGCCAAGACACUUCGAGAUGUCCAAGAUCCUCAAAGACGAGAGCGCCAGUGCGAACGUGCUGGAAGUUUUGCUCAGAGGGGAGAUUAUGCGGCCCGGUUCCACUUGGAAGUUUUCCGCUCGUGUUGCCUAUGCUGUGCACUCGGAGAACGAGGGCUCCUAUGUUCCGUUCACGAUCACUGUGGGGGACCUCGAGCCACCCGUGGCCACCCUCGUGGGACCCCACCGUGCAAACAACGACGACUGCUCCUUUGCACUGGACGCUUCCGAUAGCAUGGCGCGUGAGCUCAUGUUCACGACGGAGACGUUGGGCCGCCGUCUUCAGGCAAACCAGACACCUCCGACCCAGGCGCCGGUGAUGGGCCUGCAGUAUUCGUGGCGAGUCCGCCAGUUGGCACUGGGAACCGACGAUGCCCUUGUGUACUCUGUCCCCAAUGUUGCCUUGGCCUUGAUCGAUCUCGAAGCUUUCACGGGCUCGCAGCUGCUGGUUCCGCAGGCGAUCCUGCCAGAAGGCCUCUACGUCUUCACUGUGGAGGUCCAUGAUGCUCUCUAUCCCAGCUUAGUCUCAUCUGCCAGUGCCACAGUGAUGGUGGACAAGAAGGCUGACGUCCCUGUGAUCAGUGUGGAUAGUCCCAGCGGGACGGUCGGUCCGACGGGUUCGGUUCAGGCCAUCUUCAAACAGGUGGGCUUUGGCGCAUGCGUGGUUCCCACGGUGGACAUGGAAGGUACACAUGCACGGACGACGAUCCUUCUGAUGCGUGGCAUCUUGGGCCAGCCGCGAAAUUACAUGAGGGCAUACAACGAGCUCACCUUCACCAACCGAGUCAAGGACAUGGCUGGCGGUGUUGCCAACUCGCUUUGGCUGUACGUUGAAGCAGACCGGAGCGAUCUCGAGAAGGGCUUCAUCUACUCUUACAGGCGGAAGAAAGCCUUCGAGCUCACGGCAUACAAGGAGAAGCUGUUGGCGGCCGGCAAAGAUUCGAUGACUGCCGCAGGGCGCCACAUGGACACGGAACCCGCCACGGAUCCGGUGGAUCUUGGCAUUCUCCAAGUGGACUCGGAAGUGUUCAACAUCCCUUGGGGCCCGACAGCUGGCAGUUUGGACGUGCUCGACCCUGUGGGACGCAUUGGAAUCGCCAUGUCGGAUGUGUUUCGUCUCCAGCAAGCAUGGGCCACGGACAACCCGCCGCUGGAGUACACCUUCUACUACGGAGAGGUCCCGGAGGAAAGGCGCGACCAAUACCUGGUCGAGCUCCGGAAUUUUGAGACUGACAUUUUCACGGAUCAACGACUGUUCUCCCUCGUCCCGGACGGAGCAAUGGUGCCGCUUAGCGAUUGGUCAAUGUCACCCACGCUCGCACUGCCAUUGAAGCAAGGCAUGUAUGUCUUCGAGGGCCGAGCGCGAGAUGCCAGUGGGGUUGAGGCUAAACGGUACUCUGUUGCUUGGUCACAUCCGGCCUACGAAGAAAGAGUGGUCACAUCCUACGAUCGCGUCACUUCGCUUCUGGAGUAUAUACGCCGGUCACGCCAAGCGAUUCUGCAGGUCCGGGCCUUCAAUCGCGGAUCCGUCUCAGUGGUUCCAGUAUGUGCCGCGGUCUUUGAGCUUCCCAGCAUGUACGACUACGACUUCAGGUCCAUGAUGGAAUGGAACGCCGCCAGCGGCCUGCCCAUGCCGAACCUCUCGCAGCCUAUCUACGGGGCUCCGAUUGUCUCGCGCGAGACACGGGAAGAAGUGGUAACAUACCUCCUUGACAUCAUGGGGGCCCUAAAUGACAUCGUGAACGCUCUGGAGCCGGAUUCCUUGGGUGCAGAGACCACGCAAAGUCGGCGGCUGCAGGAGCAGUACUUCCAGGACACCACAUCGAACACAUCCACGCCUCUCCAUGCAGAGGUGGUUGCCUCCGCCCUGGCGCACUUGGCUUCGAAUCUGGCUCCCAUCGAUGAGCCCGAACUUUUCGUGUACCUGGGCCGUCUGACAUCUGGCCUCGUUGUUCGCAUCCGCAGCUCCCGAGGAGACAUCAGGAAGGCUGGCAAUGCGCCGCAGGACCUGGUCAAGACACUGUCCUAUUUGCUGGCCAGCGCAAGGCCUAUUGACCGAUGGCGGGAGGGCAUCGUGGAACCCAACAUUACGGAGCACGUGCAGGCCCGGCUUUCCGUGGAGAUCGUUGCAACGGCUGUGGCGCUGGGCGACGUCAUGGCCGCGAUUGCCGAGCCUAACGGUCCGCCAAGUGCCAUCAAGCAGGCCAUGCCCAAAGCCGAAUUCCUGAACUCUGUGGAUGGCGACCUUGUCGUGACCAUCAUCAAGAAGCCCCUGCUCGACAUCAUCCAGAAUGGCGUCCAGACACAACCGGACUACCAGAGCAUGCAACGCUGGAUCUAUCCACAAAUCAACAUAGCAGGCCUCGGCCCACCCGGCUUCAUGGGAACAACCUGGGCUGGAUCCAAGGGUAUCCAAGCCAACCCAGAUGAGAUCCAGUGCCAGGAGGCGCAGGAGGGCUUUCUGCAGACCAUCACCAUGACGACCAUCUCCUGGCCGAUCAAUCCCUUCCUCUACGCCACGGGGACCUACCUGGGGAAGAACGCCAGCGUGACAGUCCCGUACACGAUUCAGCUCCGCUCUUGUGGCCAGCCCGUAGUGGUGGAGGAGCAAAUCGGCAAGAUCGACCUCACCUUCCGGCUGGAUCCCAGUGUGGUGCGUGACCGCCGGUGGGGCUUUCGUGACACCGCCCCGUAUCGUGUGGCCUGGUGGGAAGAAAGACCUGGUAUCAGUGCCCAGGCGGAUCCGAUCCAGCGAUGGACCAUCAAGGGUUGCAAAACCUUCUGGAGCCGGACGCAGGAGGACAUUGUCACUGCGGAAUGCGACCAGCUUCCGAGCAGCCAAGGCUCCGUGAUGUCGGUGGAGCUGGUGCCUCGCCCGAACUACAAUUUGGUGGGAGCUCCAUCUCCGAACAGGAACGUUCACAAUGUUAUUUCCUACAUGCUGGUGGCCUUCCUUAUCCGCUGGGUGACCCUUCUGGUGUGGGCUUACCGUGCUGAUGUGACCUUCUGGCCGUCGGAGAAGCAGCUCAUGAAGCUCCUAUACUUGCCCUGGGAGCGGAAGUGGCGGGAGCGCCUGCGUCGCGGCCGAUUACCACCUCCGGAGCCCAUUACUUGGAAUGUUCUGACCGGAGAUUUUUGGUAUCAGACAAAGAUGCUGUGGAUCGACCGCAUCAUCUGGACCUUCUGCUGCGUGAAAGCGCUCAAGGGCUCCGAGCUUUUCUUCUCGGUUGAGACGCGAGAAUUGAUCAAGAUGCGUUCUGGAGAUCGUGACACAACCUAUGAGAGGUUUGUUGACUCCAUGAAUGACAAGGAUCAGCUGGACAAAAUCCAAUAUGUUAAAGAACAGCGAAGCCUGGCAGCGAGCCAGAACCAGCCAGACAGCAUGAACCGGAAAGCGGCCUGGCAAGACAAGGGUGCCGUGGAGGCGCUCCAGGACCAAGAGGUCAGCUACAGGGACCACCAUGCAGAUGCAAGUGGUCAGAGCUCACGGAUACCAUCGCACAGGGAUCCCUACUUAGAUGGACCUCCGCUGUCACGGUUGCACGGCACGGCCAACAACGAGGAGCAGAGGCAAAUCCAGGAUGCGGCCGUGCGCACUGGGGACGCGCCUGGAACUGGGCCGGUGAUGCCAGCACAGGGUCUGGAGGAGAUCGAUGCCCAGGACAAGGCGCAGGCAGCGCUGGAAGCAGCGCUGUAUACGUCCAAGGUUGGUGACCUGCCUCCUGGUUGGGAGGAGUAUGUCUCAGAGGAACAUGGAGGCCGUGUCUACUAUGUGUUCUCGCAGACUGGCGACACUACAUGGCAGCGGCCAACUCUCCUUCCAGAUGGCACUGUGCAGUUCUUUCCCAAUCAGGACGUUUCAUCCAAGGCCAGCAGAAGUGGCUCCAAGCUCGCAGACCCCCGAGGCACGACGUUUUUACAAGUGCCGUGGACAUCUCCGCCCUGGUAA